UAGAUAUUGAUAUCACAAGUCAGGAAGUUGUAGAUUAUGUUCAAAUGUAAACCACUUUCAAUUGUAUUUCAGUCACAAAGUUCAUCUUCUUCUGGGAAAGCAGAGCCCCCUAAGAAGCCGUCCAACUGGCGCAAGAAACAUGACGACUUCAUCGCUACCAUCCGAGCUGCUAAGGCCGUCACUCAGGUCAUGAAGGAUGGGGGACCUUUACCCCCACCUCCUCCUCCUACUUACGACCCAGACUAUAUCCAGUGUCCUUACUGUCAGCGGAGGUUCAACCAGGGUGCAGCUGACAGACACAUUAAGUUCUGCCAGGAGCAGCAUGCCCGUAUGCCCACCAAGAGCAAGACAGGAGACACAAAGAAACCUCCUGCUCGUGCACAGACUGCACAGACUGCACAGCUCGGCUACAAGCCUCCUGCUCCUGUAAAGAAGGCCAACUCUCCUGCUGUGUCAACCAUCCCUUCAGCCUCGUCCCGUUUACCUCAGAGAUCAGGCUCUGGACAGUCCACCGGAAUCCCUUCCAGUAAGGUCUCCUCUGCAGGUUCAUUGAGGAGUAAUCCCUCCGGCCUCACAAGCCCCCCGUCUGGUGUGGGAAGUAAGACCCGAGCAGUGGGCCCUGGCUACGGCCCUCCGAGGAACACUCAGUCUGGAAUAGGACUCAACAAAAAGAAAGUAGACCACUACAUAGCUAGACAUGACAUCGACGGUGAGAAUGAAGUGGGCAAUGAUGGAAUGAAGAGUAAGUUCUGUCACUCUUGUGGAACCAAGUAUCCCGUUGAAUCCGCCAAAUUCUGCUGCGAGUGUGGGAUCAGGAGGAUGUGUAUGUGAUGGAGGUCAGGAGGAGGAGAAAGCAGAAGAAAGUAGGGAUGGACUGGUACGCAAAAUACCAACAGAGGGUUUCACCAAAGCUCCUAAGAAUUUAAAAGUUCAUAUACGUCUGUAUUUUCAAAAUUCAGUCUAGUUUCACGGCAGCAAAAUGGUGUAAUUGAUCAAUAACCUUACGGCGCUGUGUUUUGUUUUAUAAUUGUUGUUCAGCCUUCAUAUUAAGGCUGAGGGUUAUCAUUGGUGAGUACUAUUAUCUGCCCCUUUCAUGACACAACAUACAGUAAUAGCCAUAGUUUAUCCUAAAUGCUGCAUUUAGUAACCCUUUUUUUUUUUUGGAGGAUGAUGGAUCUUAGUGGUGAACUAAAGUUUGGUGAAAGUGCGAUAAAGAUCAUGAUAUGAUAUUAGAAGCUGACAUGGCUGAAACGGGCGCAUAAUGCAGCUCAUUUUUCAAAAUGACCUUAACUCUUACCGCUGGCUUCGUCCACAUCUCUGCUGUUACACAUGACCAUUACUGCUGUGAAACUAGAGG